CGGCUGUGAUUGACUAAACCAGGCGAAAAAAGAUCGAAAGCCAAGUGGCGGUGCUGCAGCCCCAGUGGUCGUUGGCAGGAUGCAGACCAUUAAGUGUGUGGUGGUGGGUGACGGGGCAGUGGGUAAAACCUGCCUACUUAUCUCUUACACGACCAAUGCCUUCCCAGACGAGUACAUUCCCACGGUGUUUGACAACUACAGUGCUCAAAUGAGUGUCGAUGGCCGAACCGUCAGCCUCAACUUGUGGGACACGGCCGGCCAGGAGGAGUAUGACCGUCUGCGCACCCUCUCCUAUCCCCAGACCAACGUUUUCAUCAUAUGCUUCUCCAUCGGCAGCCCUUCCUCCCAUGCCAACGUCAGGCAUAAGUGGCACCCCGAGGUGUCUCACCACUGCCCUAAUGUGCCCAUCCUGCUGGUGGGCACAAAGAGAGACCUGAGAGGUGAUGCUGAAACGCUGAAGAAGCUAAAGGAGCAGGGUCUGGCCCCGACCACCCAGCAGCAGGGCAGCGCCCUGGCCAAGCAGAUUGGAGCUGUUAAAUACAUGGAGUGCUCUGCUCUGCUGCAGGACGGUGUCAGGGAGGUGUUUGCCGAAGCUGUGAGGGCAGUGUUAUAUCCAGUCACAAAAAAGAAUACCAAGAAAUGUGUGCUGUUGUAAUAAGUGGUUCCCAGAUUUGGACUGUGGAAAGGGAUGAUUGAGAUCUACAAGAUGCAAAGGAAGGCUGAGAAGUAAAGGAUACCAUCUGGUUGCUUCUGUACCAUCUCUGACAGUUUUCAGCUCCUGUGUUACUCCUUUCUUUCCUAAUCUUUUCCUGGAGGAUCUCACUCUGUUGCCUUCGCCACCAAAAUGACUGCCUAAAUGAGGACAACAGACCAUAUCUCCUCUACUUUUCAUACAUUUUUAACUUUUGAUAUUUACACAUUUCCAAUUGUACAUCUUGAUUUAUAGCUUCUCUGCUUUGCCUUAUAAAAUGCUGAUCAUGGUUGACACAAGCCAUAACAUCCAAACCUACCAACCAAACCAAGCUUCCCUGUCUGACUGGAGAGAGGAAAUCUGCCUUUGUUCAGGUGGAGAACAAAUGACUACCUCACAUUCUCACCUAGAUUGCAUUUCAUGAGUCUGAAGCAAAAGUUCCCAUCAAGAUCCUUCGACUUUCUCAUUUAGAUGUAAUGAACAGCCAAGUAGAAGGGUGAACAGGUUUUAAUUCCAAACAGCUUGAGUCUAGACAAGGUGAUGGCUCCUGGACAAAUGCCAGUGCCCUUAAAAUGCACAGAUUAAAGGUUGAAUUUUCUCGCUGCAGUUUCUCUUGUGCUCAGUGUGCAUGUCAGAGCUGGCUGGCAGGGUGCCCCUUCCAGCCUCUUGCUCAGCUAUCUCACUUCCUCACAUGGAAGAACCAAGGGCCUUUGAAGAUAAGCCUGACCCAUUAAAAGCAGCAAACCAUUUGCCCUCUUCAGUAAUAGAAGAGUGGGUGUCAUAAGGCCUCUGCCAAAUUAACCCAUAAUGGUACAGGAUUCCUCGAGCCCACGUUGGUAGGAAGUCUGAUUGUAAUACAGCUCUCCUCUAUGUGAGAGACUCACAGUGAGUGCCAUUAAUAACAUGUCUAAGAAUUCCUCUUUGACAGGGUGAGGUCAAAGAAACUGUAUUUUGUCUAAUAGUGAAUUUACUCUGUAAAUGAUUUUUUUUUUUUUUUUUUUUUUUUUUUUUUUUAAAUCCUCAAAUGUUUUUAACUUACACUUGCGGUUAUGGCCAAAGUUGAAUAUAUUUUUUGUAAUAGCCUAUGUUUAUUUGAUCAGUAAAAUGUUUGUGUGCUGUUGUUAAUUAUCACUUGAUAAACUAGGACUCCAUAAUGCUUUGUCAAUUACAUUAUUGUCUUAAGAACCGCAGACAGACCACUGUACAGUCAGUUCAGUGUAAUAAGUACGUUGUUUUGAAUAGCUUUCAUUAUGCUAUAGACUUAUCCCGUAUUGUCGUUGUUAGGAGAAUGUCACUUCAACUUGGAAGUAGUGUCACAGCAGCCUUUUUAGCCCAAGACAUAUAUUUAUAUACUACAUUGAAGGAGCCUUUUUAUUCGGUCAGGUGCCUUAUCUAAACCAAAGACCAUAGCAAUACUCCUGUGUCAAGCCCAAAGGGUUUCCUCUGAAUGCUAUGAGUACUACAAGAAACUUAGUCCUAUCAAUUCAGCUUUAUUUUUACAAGUUUCCAGAAGCCUCUUGCCUUAGUUCCUGCCGGUAGAUACUCUUUCAUCAUAGCCAUUUUUUUUUUUUUGUAAGACAGGUGUUAAACUGACAUCUUGACUGCCAAGUUUGUGCAGCUCUCAGGCCCACAUCUCUGAAAAGAUUGUGGUUUCCAUCCCUGCAUUGCACCGUGCAGUGAGGGCGAAGCACAACUGCAGCUUGUUCACGCAGUUAUUGAGAGCUGCGUUGGUGGUGUGUAGUCGCAUCUACAGACUUUUUAAAAUGUUUUCAAAACUAUUUUCAUAGUAAGUUCUCUUUUGUGCCUACAGCUAUCAGCAAUAAUGGCAACCUUCUUGUUAUACUUAUUUUAAUAUCCACUCCUGUAUAGGGUUUUCAAUAACUCAAUCUUGAUCGUAGCCUUCGUAAAGUUUAGACGAAAUGAUGAGCAAUAUAAGCACAAAGUUACGUGUGAUGGCGGUGAUGUGUGAGAUCGGUCGAAAGAUGUGUGAAAUUUCUCAAAUGGGUUUGCUGAGGGCUGAAUGUAUGUGCAUGAAAUGUUCAAGUGUCAUCUGUGGUAAACUUUUUACUUUUCUUUUUUUUUUUUUUUUUUAAAUGCCAUGUCCCAAUCUCACUCAGUGUUGUUAAAGUGGAACACACACCUGUGGGCUCUUUCUCCUGGAGCUGUGCGCUGCCGUGUACAUGGUACUACGCUUUUACACUGGGAACUUGAUAUGUAGAAAAAUGUAAUUGUUUUAUAAAUAACAAAACAUAUUUGUAUAAAUGAACUAACAGAUGAUUUUAAAUUAUGCCAAAUAAAAUGGUUCCUUUGACAUG